AGUUUCGUACGGAAUGCCUAGAAAAAUUUUUAUUGUUUAGGUUAUCUCGAGCAGGAAACACACACCAUUCAAAUUUCAUGUGAGUGCGUUACUUGCAUUUGGAAAAAAGAGUACGAUCGAAAGGUUCGUAGAAGCGCGAUGACCGAGGAUCAAGCCCUUCUCCCAGCCGCAGAAAGCGAGGAGCGCAUCGGCUCUUUGCGGCAACGCUUUGCCGAGCAGGGCAGCAAUGUCACAUCGCGCGUUGUACGCUCCGUGGACUCCACUCGGCUGCUGUUCAUGGGCAGCAAUUUCCAGCAUGGGCGCUGCGACCAGGACGUAUUCUAUGACUGCCAGAGCAACGGGGAGGACUCUCCGCGAGAGGGCCGCAGUGGCACGAGUCGCAGUGCUACGAGCCGCAGUGUUACGAGCAAGUGCCGGCUCGACGAUCCGGCAGCCAUCCGGCAGGCCCUGGAGCGAGCGGCCAAUGCCACAAACACAUUGCUUAAGAACUUCGACAACUCCGGUGGGUGGAACAAUCCCUGUGCCGUGACUCUGGAGAUCACUGCCCGUCUGGUGGACCCCAAGAAGACGCGCUCAGGUUGCCCAUUGCACGGAAAACCAGUCACCGUUCAGAUGCCGCUGCAGUUCAAUCCGCAGGGCGGCGGGAAGCUGACCACUUGCCAGAAGAGGGAGUUGCCCCGACCCCGCCACCAGAGCAGCGGUUCCGUAUGCCAGUGCCGGACCGGUGCCCCGAAGGCUAAAAAGCCCUGCCCAGGUAAAUCCGAAAGUCAACAACAGUUCUUCCAAAGCGAGUCACACGUUUCUCGCUCCGACGCCUCCGCGUACAUGGGGAGUUGUGGCGACUCUACCAUCUGUUGUCAUAGCCGCAUUUACCAAAACCGCUAUCAACCGGAUGAGCGAGAGGUUAUAUCCAUCUCCUACCUUUCUGUUCCGGAAACCAAUCAGAUUUGGGAGGAAGAGGCGACGGUGGAGGAUAUAAAGCCACCUUUACCGCCUCCAGAAAAAAUUGAAGAGCCUCCGGUGGAACCCGAGCCGGUUCCUGAGGAACAUAUAAAAAUUGAAGCCCCACCGCAAGAAGAUGAAGACGAAUCGGAUACAGAGACUGUUUCGGAGUCAGAGCCAUCUACUGCAACGGUGGUUCUAUUUGACGAACCUGAGCCGGAAACUUCAGCACCGAGUGGCAAAAAGUACUACCUGGCCCGACCUCAGAACAAAGAGUUCUCCAAUUGCUCGCCAUGUCGAUUCGACCCAAGUCCGAUUAUGGACGAGGAGGGGAAUGUCUUUUGCCCUGGCAACUGCGGCUGCUGUAUGUGUCCGUGGAAACGCCGCACCUUCGAGGAGAACCGGGAACAUAUCAACGUCAAGGUCUGCCGCUGCGUGCAGCGCGGAACAAUUUUUACCAAGUUUGAGGACCGGGAAGUCUGUAGCCAGACGUCCUACUUUGAUUUUUGUCCAUGUCGCGAGAAGGCCGAGGCCAAGUUCCUGGAACUGUAUCACACGGAGAUGUGGUCCUCGCCAGACAAUACUCGGGGACGCGAGAUUCAGCUGUCGGAGAUAAAAGAGCUCCUCGUACCAUUGCGCCAAUACGAAUAAAGUGUGUGUGUUUGCCCAUCA